UUUAAUUAUGAAGUAAUAGAUAAAUUCUAAAGGAAAUAAAAAGGGCUUUAGCUUCUGGGGUAUUAUUGAUUAAUGUAGACUAAAGAGAAAUGAUUAAAAGGAUGAUCAAAAUUUAAAAUACCAAAAAAGCUAACAAAAUCAUUUAGAAAAUGAAAAAAUUUAUUAGCAGGAUAAACAAUAGAUUAAUUAGAAAAAAAAUUAAGAAGAAAGUGAAAAUGAAAAUAUAUAUAUAGAGGAUAAGUUAAUUAAUAUAUAAAAUUAAGAUGAAGAAAAUUAGAUAUAAUGUAAUUCAAAUUAAAAUUCAAAUAAGAAUGGUAAUAUGAAUCAAGAGUAAAAUAUAUAAGGUAUUAAGUCGGAUCAAAACACAAUUAAUAAUUCAUAUAGAAACUAUUCAGAUAAUAUAAGAGAUUAAAAUAAAUAAUACAACCAAAAAUAAGCUUAAAUUGAAAAUUAAUAAUAACAAUAACUACAUUUAGAAGCUAUGAAAAGAUCUGAUCCAUCUGUAUUAUAGCCAAGUAGAGAACUAUAAAAUAACUAAAUAUAAAAUAUUUAGAACUCAAAAAUUUAAAUUAUUUAAAAUAAUAACCAAUAAUUUGCUUAAAAAAAUAAAUAAUAGUUAUAAUAUUCUAAUAAAGUAUAGCAAAAUAUAAAAAAUUAGGAAGAUUAUAAUUAUUUAUAAAAUACUUCUAUUAGAAUUAAACAAAAUGAUUCAUUAAUUUAAAGCAACUAUGAAUCUAAUUAAAAUAGAAAUUAACAGUCUGAUUUACAUUAGUUUUAAGUAUCAAAUAAAUAAAAUUAUUCUAAUAUAAUCUAAAAUAAUCCAAAAAUUAAUUGUAUUUUAGAUUAAGAAAAGGCUAACUAUAAAUAGGAUUAUAUAUUUAUUUCAUCAUAAAAUUAUUAUGAACAAAUUCCUUAACAAAAGAAUAUGUAGGUUUUUAAAUAAAGUGAAACUAAUCAAUAAAAUUAAAGUUAAUCAAGGAUAUCAUUAAAUAGUUAGGAGAGUAAUUUAAAUGAUAAUGAUUCAUUACCCUCUAAAGUAAAAACUAUAUAAGUUAGAUGUUUUUAUUGUUAAAAUGAAAUCUAUUAAAAAUAUACAUAAUUGUAAUGUUAACAUUUUUAUUGUAAUGAUUGUUUAAAGGAAUUAUUGAGAAAUUAAUCGUUAUAAAAAGAUCGCAUAAGAUAUUAAUGUAAUUGUUCGAAAACAAUAAAUUUAUAAUUAUUUAUUUUUGAAAGAGAUAAAAUUAUAAAUUUAUUAAAUGAGAAAUUAAAUAUAAAUUAAAUAAAUAUACUUUAAUAAUAAAUCAAGAAAUAAAAAACAGUUAAAAAUUGUCGUAAUAAACAUUGUUAAUUUUUUGUAAUAAUGAGAGAUGAUUUGAAUAAAGAAUAUUUUUAUUGUCCAUUAUGUUUAGAGAAACAAUAUGAUGAUUAAUAAAAGAAAUGA